UUCCUCCUUCACUUGAAGAGCAAGCCAAAGCUGCUGCUGCAAUGGCAAAGCUAAUUUUGCAGUGGCUGAAAUUUGUUGUUUUGUGCGGUACUGUGGGGGCUGUGUUUGAAGAUCAAGUCGGGAAAUUUGACUGGAGGCAGCAAUAUGUAGGCAAGGUUCGUUUUGCCCAUUUUGACACACAUGUGCAGUCGUCCAAAAAGGUGGUUGUGGCAACUGAGAAGAAUGUAUUUGCCGCACUUAAUACGAGAACGGGAGAGCUCUUUUGGCGACAUGUGGACAAGACCGGAUCAGAGGGAAACAUAGAUGCUCUUUUGUUACAAGGAGCAGAUGCGGUGCUUGUGGUUGGAAAUGGCCGCCUGCUUCGCUCCUGGGAAGUAAAUAUUGGUGGUUUGAAUUGGGAGAUUCUGCUUGACUCUGGCAGUUUCCAGUCGGCCUGUUUAGUGGGACAACAGGACAAUGUGAAAUAUGUGGCUGUUUUGAAGAAAACCGUAAUAUCUCUCCAUUACCUUUCCAAUGGUCAUCAAAAAUGGAUUGAGAAUCUUCCAGACAGUGAAACUGUGGAUUACCAGGCUGUGUAUUCUGGUGGAAAUGGAGAAGUGUAUGUUCUGGGAGUCGUUCCACAUUCCCACAUUGCUGUUGUUGUUUACAGUGUGGAUGAUGGAGAGAUACUCAAACAGUUUUCAGUUGAAGCUGCUUGGCUGUCCAACAUUCAGACCAGCUGUGCAGUUGUCGGUAAAGGCAUGUUGACGUGCGUGGACUCAACAACAUUGUCUCUGUACAUGCUCGACCUACAUACACAAUUACAGAUGACCCAACUCCCUCUACAGACAUUGGGUCUUGAAGUUGAUCCUGGCUUUCACCCAACACUCGUGUCCACUCAGCCCAAUGCCGCUCGGCAGCCGCUGUCAGAGUUCUUUCUCCAGCUUGGGCCUGAACACUAUGUGCUGCUGCAGCUCAACAAUGGCCAGAUCGUUACACUGAGAGAUUUCAAGCCUGCCAUGCUUGUUUCAUUUGCAACCACUGGAGAGAAAACUGUUGCUGCAGUCAUGUCACCAAAGAAUAAAACUGCUUGCGGUCUUAACCUGUUUAGUGCAGACACAGGGCGCAGACUUCUGGACACCACACUCAUUUUUAACAUGGAUCCUUAUGGAGGUAAACCAGAGACGCUGUAUGUGCAGGCUUUCUUAAAGAAGGAUGACUCUGUUGGAUACAGGGCUAUUGUGCAGACAGAAGACCAUACGCUCACUUUCCUACAGCAGCCAGGGCGUGUGAUGUGGACAAGAGAGGAGGCUCUGUCAGAUGUGGUGACAAUGGAAAUGGUAGAUCUGCCUCUCACGGGAACACAGGCGGAGCUGGAAGGAGAGUUUGGCAAGAAAGCCGCCAUUCAAGAUGGCCUGAUGUCCAUGGUGCUGAAGAGACUCUCCUCUCAGUUCAUCUUGCUGCAGGCGUGGGUCUCGCACCUCUGGAAGCUGUUCUACGAUGCACGAAAGCCCCGCAGCCAAGUUAAAAAUGACGUCACCAUUGAGAAUCUGUCCAGAGAUGAGUUCAACCUGCAGAAAAUGAUGGUUAUGGUUACUGCGUCAGGCAAGCUGUUUGGAAUAGACAGCAAGACCGGCACUAUUGUGUGGAAACACUAUCUGGACAACAUCCCAUCUAAUGCAGCCUUCAAACUGAUGGUGCAGCGGACGACAGCGCACUUCCCUCAUCCACCACAGUGCACGCUGCUCAUCAAAGACAAGGACACAGGUCUGGCCACUCUCCAUGUAUUUAACCCCAUUUUUGGAAAGAAGAGUCACAUCACUCCACCAGCUCUGCCUCAGCCCAUCCUUCAGUCUCUCCUGCUGCCGCUCAUGGACCAGGAUUAUGCAAAAGUUUUACUUCUUGUUGACGACCAGUACAAGGUGUCUGCAUUUCCCUCUACAAAGAAUGUGUUACAACAGCUACAAGAAAUGGCCUCAUCCAUUUUCUUUUAUUUGGUCGACUCCAGUCAAGGAAGACUUAGUGGCUACAGGCUGCGGACAGACUUGUCCACUGAGCUGAUCUGGGAAGUCGUCAUCCCACCAGAAAUUCAGAGGAUUGUCUCAGUCAAAGGAAAAAGGCCAAAUGAACACGUUCACUCUCAAGGCCGAGUGAUGGGAGACCGGAGUGUCCUCUAUAAGUACCUGAACCCAAACCUCCUGGCUAUAGUGACUGAGAGCACAGACUCACACCAGGAGCGCAGCUUCGUCGGGAUCCUGCUCAUCGAUGGCGUCACUGGUCGGAUCAUCCAUGAGGCCGUCCAGAGAAAGACCAAAGGGCCGGUGCACGUCGUCCACUCUGAAAACUGGGUGGUGUAUGAAUACUGGAGCACAAAGUCCCGCAGGAACGAGUUCUCUGUCAUCGAGCUGUACGAGGGGAUGGAGCUCUACAACAGCACCGUGUUCAGCUCUCUGGAUCGGCCUCACGCUCCUCAGGUGCUCCAGCAGUCGUACAUUUUCCCCUCCGCCAUCUCCACCUUGGAGGCCACCCUGACCGAGAAGGGCAUCACCAGCCGCCAUCUGCUCAUUGGUUUACCGUCCGGAGGAAUUUUGUCAUUACCCAAGAUGUUCCUUGACCCCCGGCGGCCGGAAAUCGUAACUGAGCAAAGCCGUGAGGAGAACCUGAUCCCAUAUGCGCCUGAGCUGCCGAUCCGAACAGAGUGGUACAUCAACUACAAUCAGACCAUAUCCAGAGUACGAGGGAUCUACACCGCCCCCUCUGGACUGGAGUCCACCUGUCUGGUGGUUGCGUACGGCCUCGACAUCUACCAGACACGCGUUUAUCCCUCAAAGCAGUUUGACGUUCUCAAAGACGAUUACGACUACAUGCUCAUCAGCAGCGUCCUCUUCGCCCUCUUCUUUGCCACCAUGAUCAGCAAACGGCUGGCAGAAGUCAAACUGCUCAACCGGGCCUGGCGGUAAAGCGAUCGUCCAAAUCCCAUCUCCGAACAGCCCCGAGGCUGCACGAAGGACCUCAGCCCGAGGAGAUGAAACGGCUGAGGCUGUGCCUGUAGAAAAACGCAGGUCAAAGUUCAAUAAGGCCCUUAAGGAACUGCAGGGGUGACGGGGAGGCGGGUGGGGUUGAAAGGAGGGAUUAGUACUGGUUAUGUGUGUUUAUUUUUUAACUUAUUUUCAAGCACAAGAAAUUAUUUCACAAUAAAAUGUUUUUUGUGCCAUGUCAUUUUUGAUUAAAUGUUUAACAUAACUAAUUACAAAUGAAUGAAGCAGAGUUGGUUUUAUAAAUUGUGGACUUAAAAGAGAUAGAGUUUAAAAUGUUUUCUAAAUUUACUUUUGUGACAUUUCUGCCUCAUUAGACUGUAUAAAGGAGAGUAAAAUGUGGAAGUCAGAGAAAGGAGACACAACCAUGAUACGGUACAAUCUCAGACUUGUACCUUUAGCCUGCUGAGUCGCCUAAACGCCAUUAGGUUUGAUGGCAAAUGAACUGUGAAUAUGAAUCCUGAGGAGAUUAUGUAGUUUGGAAAAGAAAUUAUUUGAGGAGUUUUGGGUUUUUUUUUGUUGACUGUCAUCGCCAUCACAUGUUGACAAAGGAAGAUGAAAAGUAGCUCAUGUUUUUAUGUACGUCAGCUCAUAUGUUUAUGAGCGGUUUUGUUUCAUUUUCAACUGUUGUCGAUGCUCCAUUAAAAUUUGUCUCCAACUCCUUUAA